AUGAAUCCUCUACUUGACAAUUUUAGACAAGAACAUAAAAAUUUGAAGUCAUUUAAAGAACUGAUUAAAUUAGAAAGUAAGGCGUUGAAAUAGUUUCUAAGUGAAACAAUCUAAUUAUCCAUAAAAUACAAUUCUUCAUUAUUUGAUGGUUUUCAUUAUUUUCUGUCUAAAUUUUAAUCUGAUCUUUAAAAUCAGUAUAUAUUAUUGAAAUAACUUGAGAAAUACUUCUAGAAAAUCAAACAAGAUGCGCAAACCUGCUUUAAAAAUUUACUUGAAUUUGAUAAUAAAGAAUUCGACGAGAUCGAUAUCGACACCAACAAUGAUAUGCCAAAGUAAUAGAAUUACUCAAUGAUUCUAAUAGAUGAUGUUAUAAAAAAAAAGAAAUGCUUGAGGAAAAAGACAAGUUAAAUGAUAGAAAUAUUCACAGGAAAACAUAAUUUUACGCUGUUUAAUUAUCAGAAGUCAAAUAAUCAAGAAAAUACUUUAUUUUCAGAAGAAAUGAAUAUGGGUACAAAUUCUGAAGCUACCAUUUUAUCAAAUAUUAUUGAAUCAAUUAUCUUGGACGAAAAUGAAUCAAUUUUAGAUGGUGGUUCCAGUUUUGAAAAAUAGCUAUUGAAAGAUGGGUAAUUUCAUUAGAUCUUGUGCGAACCUAAGAAAUAGUUUUGA